AUGGUUGAUAUUGCAAAGGAGCUAGACGUGCAGGGGCAUGGGAUCCGGACGACCGUGGCCAACACCACCUACAUGGGCAUGAACGCGCUACACGCCGCGAGCGGCGGCGGCAAGCUGCCGAUCUACCGGUAUCUUGUCGAGGAGGUCAAGAUGGAUGUCGACAUGCCUGACACCGCUCAGGAGUUUACGCCCGUGUCGCAUGCCAUCAUGUAUGGCCACCUUCCUGCUGUCAGGUACCUUCUGGAUCAUGGCGCUGAUCUGCAUCAGCGACGUGGAAAAAUCACCCUUCUUCAUAUGGCUGUAGUUCAUGGGUACUAUGAAAUAGCGAAGUUUCUUCUUGCGAGGGGAGCUAAUGUCCAUGCUAUGUCAGAACUUGGGACACCACUCAUGGAUGCUACUCUUAGAGGAUUUCCUAGUAUUGUCAAGAUCCUUUUGGAGCACAAGUCAGAUGGUGGAGCUAAUGUGAGCGGUGUUUUUCCUUAUUAUGAUCCUUUGCUGACGGCUGCAGAAAAGGGCUUAACUGAAGCUAUUAAGUGCUUGUUGGAAGCUGGUGCAAACCCAAAUGUUUUUGACAGGUUUGGUAGGUUGCCAAUAGAGUUGGCUGUUGAGUAUGGUACACGGGAAGACGUUGAGCUUCUCUUUCCUUUCACCUCUCCUGUUUCAACUGUGGAAAAUUGGAGCGUUGAUGGAAUCAUUAGUCACGUGGAGAUGGAAAUCAAGCAACUUGAGGAUGACAAUUUUGUGAAAAAGAGGAUGUCCGAGCUGAAACUCCAAGCAGAUGAAGCAUUUAAGAAGCAAAGUUAUCUAAAUGCAUCAGUGCUCUACACACAGGCACUGAAGAUGGAUAACUUCGAUCCUAAGUUGUUAUCAAACAGGAGCCUCUGCUGGCUUCGCAUGGGUGAUGGACAAAGGGCUUAUGAUGAUGCAACUGAAUGCAAGAUAAUUUGCCCGAAGUGGGCAAAGGCGCACUAUCGGCAAGGAGCAGCUCUAAUGUUCAUGAAGGUAUAUGGUGGAGCUUAUGAAGCACUCUCGCGUGCUUUAGAGUUGGACCCAGAAAACAAAGACAUUGAGAAAUUAUUCAGGAAGGCGAUGGAACUGAAGUGAUCAUGCCCUGCAUGCCCGCUGCAGAGAGAAGCUCACGCUAAAUCUCAAGCUCUUUUUUUUUCUUUUGCAUUCUCAGACAAAAGCACUGAACUUCGAAUUAUGGCGCCCUCUGUUUUGAUGUAAUCCAUGGACAAUAGCAGCAGCAGCAGCAGCUUACAGGAAAACAUGUUUCUGACUAGUGGCUACUUAUUUUGAGUUUUAUGAAACUCACAUCCUGUUCUGUAUGGAAGCGUGGCAGAAGAUCAUGCUACUUUGCAUUGCCAAUUCCUGCACGUUUUUGUCGAAGAGUGGUUCUUUGCACUGAUAAUUGAGAUAAGCUGCUAGCAUGAAUUCGCAAAUUGUUGAUAUUUUACUUAGGGAAAAUCAUUGGCACUGUUUAUGUUCCUUUUUUUUUCUUUUGCGUGGACACUGUUAAUAUUCCUUGUUGCUGUUAGCCAUAUACUAUUCUUAACUGGUCAUCACGUGUAAUAUGCUCAUCAUAGUUAGUCUGAUGUGAUAUGUGGUUGCAUCAAAAAGUAUUAGUUGUGGAGCACCUGUCAAAUCAUAUAUAGCUGUAUCACCUCAACUAGAAUGUGCCUGUGUGCCUCCUCUCAAGUCCAAGUGUUACAUCCAGCAUUAUAUAUGAUUAGUUUUAGCCUUUGAAUACUUGAUUUUGCAUCAUCUAUACUUUAAUUUUCUUGCGAAAUUAUGAUGCCCUCACGAAAUUUCUGUUGUUUUGCUUCAUUUUUGGUAACAUCAUUGCACACAUACAUGACUCUUACGCUGAUCCGCUUCAUUUCUCGUAAGAUAAUUCCUCUGUGGAGGUUUUCUAGGUAGGGGUUUCUUUGUUUCUGUACAAGUUUGAUGUACAUUCUUACUCUUGGAUUUGCCAUGCUCCACUGUUCAAAGGCGAUACGAUUUUGAUAUUUUAGUUCAUUUAGUU